AUGCAACGGAUCGAAACAUGUGGUAUUGUCGCUAUUAUUCGCGCCAACAGCGCGGAUGAAUUGAUUCAGACAGCGGCAGCAAUUCAUGCGGGUGGCGUUAACGUGAUUGAAGUCACGAUGACGACACCGAAUGCGUUACAAGUCAUUAGCGAUGUUUCAUCAGCGUAUGGUGAUGCCGUUUUGGUUGGUGCCGGGUCGGUGUUAGAUGCAGAGACAGCCCGCGCUGUGAUGUUGGCAGGCGCGGAGUUCAUCGUCAGCCCGGUUACAAAACCGGAUGUCAUUGAGAUCUGUAACCGCUACGGCAAAGUCGUUAUCCCUGGUGCCUUUACACCAACAGAAAUUUUGACAGCAUGGGAAACCGGGGCAGAUUAUGUCAAGGUGUUUCCAUCGAGUGGUGUCGGUGCCGCCUAUAUAAAAGAUGUGAAAGCACCGCUUCCCCAGAUCCCGCUUGUUCCAACGGGUGGUAUCAACGCUGAAAACGCCGCCGAGUUUAUCACUGCUGGUGCUACUGCUUUGGGAGUUGGUAGUGCGCUGGUUAAUAAUCAAUUGAUUGCAGCCGGGGAAUUUGCCCUACUCACAGAAAGAGCCGAGCAGCUUGUCAAGGAGAUUGAUCAAUUAAUCUUAGGUAAAUAUAGAUUGCUUGAAUUUCUCAAUUCAGGAGGCUUCUCCUCAGUUUUUCGCGCCCGCGAAGAGAUGACAAACCGAAUCGUUGCGAUUAAAGCCUUAGCAAAAACUGCCUAUCCUGCAAGCAGAAUGAAGUUUUUGCUGAACGAAUUUCAAGCGAUGUCAAAAAUUUGGAAGCAUCCGAAUAUAGUCUCCAUUCAUACCGUUGAACCCGGCGAGGACGACUACGUCGCGUGGAUCGUGAUGGAAUUUGUUGAAGGGAAAAGUCUUCACGAUCUCAUGCAGGAAGGUGCACUCGUGCUAACGGAUGCGCUCAACAUCGGUUUGGACAUCUGUCGCGGCCUGAGAGAAGCGCAUGCUCACAAGAUUAUGCACCGGGACAUCAAACCGCAAAAUAUCUUGCUCACAAUUGACAAAGAGGCAAAAGUUGCCGACUUCAGCAUCGCUCGUAUCUUUGGAGAGACGACCGAAUUCGCUGAGACCAUGGCAGGCACGCGACGCUACAUGGCACCCGAACAAACCUAUGGAUCUUAUGACUAUCGAGCGGACCUUUACUCCACAGGACUCAUCCUAUAUCAAGCCGUAACCGGGCGCUUUCCGUUUUCAGGUGAAAAUAAAGAAAUAGAUAAAAAGAAAGCUGCCGGAGAGAUAGAAGAAAUUGACAGAUGUCCGGAGGUGCUCCGCCACUUUUUACAAAAAGCCCUCCAUCGGCAACUCUCAGAACGCCAUCAAAGUGCUACCGAGAUGUACGAAGAAUUGGAUCGCAUCCGGCAAGAUGAGUACGUCAAACAGGCUUCGGAGCUUAUUGAUGCAAGCGUCAAUUCCAGUAAUCCAAGAUUAGCAGAAGCACUUGAACGCUACCGGAAAACGUUCCGUCUGUCGCUUGCAGACGCAGAACGGAUGAAUCAAAAUCUAUUUUUCCAGCGGCGCCAAAAAGAGGAAAAUACCAAACGCGAAAAAUUGUUAGCUCAAGUCGAAAGGCAUUAUACGCGUGCUAUACGCCACGCAGAAAACCGAGACUAUUCGAGCGUACUUGCUGAACUUCACAAGGUAAGCCACCUCUGUAUUGACGAUCAGGGUUUAACUAAAGUUGCUGAUAAUUUGUUUCAGACACUUAAUACGGUAAAUGUGCCACUCUCAGCAAAUCCGACUGUAGAGGAAGUCGUCUCACUCAUUCAGAACUUGCCGGACGGUGAAAGUACUGACCUCCGUACAUGGCUUGAGCAUCAAAAAUUAGUCCCCGAAGAACCGACGGGUGUAACGCCGAUACAACCUCGUGUCAAGGCAUCGGGCAGCUAUCGACUCGUAAUUGAGGAAGCGUCCCCGGAAUACCUACUCGACCAAGUUCAUAGUGAUAUUCAGUAUCCACAUGAAGAAGAAGCACUUCAUAUCUUCCAACAAAUUCAGAUUUUUCAACAACAAGGCCGCACCCAACAGUGGCUCGCGUUUUAUAAUAAAUUAGGUAAGUUCUAUCAAAAACAGGCGGCCAAUUUUGUUAAGAAAGACGAAUUAGAGCUCGUUGCCAACUGCUACACGCGCGCUCGGUUCGCUUACACAGUUGCAGAGAAACAGCGUCGAUCGAGAAAGAACGCUAAAAGAGGUGCGGUUUACUAUACCCGCCUUGCACGGCAAUUUGAACUCCAACGUUCAUGGGAAGAAGCAGGAAAAUCUUAUAUCCUUGCCGCCUACAAUCAUGGCUAUGUGAAUAUGCCCACGCUUGUCGAGGAGUGUCACAGAAUGGCAACUGUCUGUUAUUUCAACGCCGCUGAAAGUGCUCACCUCAAUAACGAGUUACAAACCGCUUACGACUUUUACAUGUUGAUCUUGGCAAUCGGUGAAAAAAUGUCUACGCCAACAAAAAUGGGACUGUCUUACGUGAAAACAUCUUUGAAGCGUGGAGAGGUGCUCGUUGGGACCUUUGUACUGGAAUUUGGCGGUUCCGCGAUUGCAACACUCCUCGCGAGUGCCGGCGCAGACUUUAUUAUCGCAGACUUGGAACAUAGUUCCUUUUCCAUAGAAGCCGUUGGACGCAUAAUUCGGAACGCACGCGGCUCAAAUCUUCCUUGUAUUGUUCGUGUGCCUGCCCUUGAACGCCAUUUUAUCUCUCGGGUACUUGAUGCUGGUGCGACUGGCGUGAUGAUUCCCCGGGUUGAAUCUCGCAACGAUAUCGAAAAAAUAAAACAGUGGACAAAAUACGCGCCCGAAGGCGACCGAGGGGUUGCAUUCGGAAUCGGACACACCGAUUAUGGAGAUUUCACAAAACUUGAUACCAGAGAAUACGUACGCAACGCGAAUCAGGAAAUCCUCACCAUUGGGCAAAUCGAAACCGUCAAAGCUGUCGAAAACUUAAAUGACAUCCUCACCACUGAUCUCUACGCGAAUGACAUCGGUGCCGCGUUUCCAGACAUUAAAAGUUUCGGUGCCUUCGUCGGAGGGUGUCCUACCAAUAUUAGCGUCGGUGUUCAGCGACUUGGGCUUCAGGCUGUGCUACUGACGGCUGUCGACCGGUUCCCACUCAUCUAUUACCGUGAUAACUGUGCGGACAUUGAACUCACUAUUGACGAUGUUCUCGCUGCGCCAAUCACUGAAAGCCGGGCGGUGUUGAUAUCCGGGACUGGCUUGAGCAAAGAACCGAGUCGCAGCGCAACGCUUUAUGCUGCUGAGAAGGCACAAUCCGUCGGUUGCCAAGUCUUUUUGGACCUCGAUUUUCGGGCAGAUCAGUGGCAUGAUCCGAGAGCGUUCGGUGUUGUUGUCCGAUCUGCGUUACGUUAUAUUGAUAUUGCUAUCGGCACGGAAGAGGAGAUCAAAGCAGCCACACUUACGGACCUUUCGCAACUCACAAUUGAACACUCCCAAAUUUCAAAUCCUACAAUUGAGGGAGAUAUGGUGGUUGCUAUUGAAACGCUUUUGGGUGCUGGUCCAGAUGCGCUAAUAGUGAAACGCGGUAUUGAAGGUGCAGAUGUCCAUCUGGUGAGCGGUGAAGUCAUUCACGGAGCACCAUUUCCUGUUGAAGUCUACAAUACUCUCGGUGCCGGAGAUGCCUUCGCGAGCGGUUUUAUUUAUGGGAACCUCAGUGGCUGGGGUUGGGAGAAAUCUGCCCGUCUCGGCAAUGCGACUGGUGCUAUUGUCGUAACACGGCACGGUUGCGCUAACUUUAUGCCAACAAUGCCCGAAGUUGAUGAAUUUGUCGCUGAACGCGGCGGAUGGUAA